CCUGUUCCAGGUUCUUUAAAGUCGUGGGUGGAGAUCUUUCCCCACACCCCUCUUUCUUGAGGAGGAGUUUUCCUUUCCUAAGACAACAGAAAUCACACACACACACUGCCUGGACUUAGACUUCUGAGAGUUUCUGCAUGUAGCUCUGAGUUUAAAGUGUAACACUUCUGUACAACAGACCUGAAGGAGAAAAAGAAAGAAGAAGAAGAAGAAGAAGAAGAAGAGAAACACAUUCUCUCAAAACAAGGCUCCGUCUCCUCCUGCAGGCUUUUAUCUCAGGAGGGACGCGAUGACCCGAAAGUUACCAGCAGUAGAAUCGUGUCUCCUUUCAUUUCUAUUGGUCUCCAGUAUGUAUCUGCUGAGGGCUGAAUACUCCAACUGUGGAGAAAAUGAGUUUUAUAACCACAGCAGCUGUCGGCCAUGUCCACAAUGUCCACCAGGACAGGAGCCAUUCAUGAACUGUGGCUACGGUGUUAAAGAUGAGGACUAUGACUGUGUGUCGUGUCCACCAGGGAAAUUCUCCAGGGGAAAAUAUGAGAUCUGUCGUCGUCAUAAACAAUGUAAUGCAGUGUACAAAGCCACAGAGCACACGCCAGGGACGAGGGAGAGUGACGCAGAAUGUGGACCCUGUUUACCUGGGUACUACAUCUUAGAAAAUCGUCCGAGGAACAUCUACGGCAUGAUGUGUCAUUCCUGUCAGAACGCUCCACGGAACACCAGAGAGUGUAUGCGAACGACACCCGUUUCCUCAAACCGUGGCUCAGGAAUAUCGUCCACCAGCUCCACCACGUUCCCUCAUGCUGAAAAAGAUCUGACAGGACAGGGUCACCUAGCAACAGCCCUUAUCAUCGCCAUGUCGACCAUCUUCAUCAUGGCCAUCGCCAUAGUGAUGAUCAUAAUGUUUUACAUCCUGAAAGCAAAGCCGAACGGCCAAGCAUGCUGUUCAGGCCAAAUGGUGAAAGCCGUCGAGGCUCCGACAAGCAAGCAAGAGGAGAAAAAAGAAGGCCAAGAGAAUGCUGUAAAAUUCACAGAGAAGGACGAGUUCAAACCUCCUCCAGUAAAAGCAGUAAAGAGUGAAAACGACGCGUCAUCUGAGAACGAGCAGCUGCUGAGCCGCAGCAUCGACAGUGAUGAAGAAGCAGCACAGGAGAAGCAGGGAGCCGCCGACCUCUGCAUUUUAUCCCUCGUUCAUCACACACGAGACAAAACCUGCUCAAGUAACACAGUCACCACCAACAACAACACAACUGUGGGGAUUCACAGUCGAAGGAAAAAAAUCCUGGAGUUGUACGCCAAAGCUUGCGGUGUUGCUGAGGGUCUGAGUCCGGUCGAGCUGCCAUUCGAUUGUCUGGAGCGAACGAGCCGCAUGCUGAGUACCACCUACAGUGCGGACAAGGCGCUAGUCAGGACGUGGCGUCACCUGGCCGAGAGCUUCGGGUUAAAACGUGACGAAAUCGGAGGAAUGACAGAUGGCAUGCAGCUUUUUGACCGCGUCAGCACGGCCGGAUACAGCAUCCCGGACCUGCUGGCUCGACUCGUCCAGAUCGAGAGGUUGGACGUGGUUGAAGCCCUGUGCUUCGAUAUUCUGGGAGUGCCCCCUUCUGGUCAGCAUCUCACAAUCUCUUCACGUUGUGCUAGCGUUUGAGAGACCUGAGAUCUCAUAAAUAUGACAAUGAAGAAAAUCAAUAUUAAUCUUGUGUUGAUAUUCUCAAGAGCAGCGGCCGCUCCUAGCCUUCUUCUUUUUUUUAGAAAAGUCCAGAAAAGUCUAAUGUUGUGCUGGACACCAAGAAUUAAGGACCUUGUCUUCACCAGAAAACAUCCUUAUUUUCCUCCUGAAUGAAGUGACUGACUGUUAUGAGAAAAUUAUCAGUUAAACAAAUUCAAGAAUUGCAAAAGUUUCUUAAGAAUCUUUUUUAUCCUCCAAUGAAGGAUUGUGUAUGAAAUGUCAUGAUAAACAGGAUUAAUCAGCAGAAUUAAUUCAACUUAUACUUUAUACUGUUUUUAUUCACAGUUAGGAUGCUGACAUUAAGCUGAUGAUAACCAUAACCCUGACCCUGACCCUGACCCUAACCCUAAUCCCAACCCUAACUCUAACCCCAACUCCUAACCUAACCCUGACCCUGACCCUAACCCUAACCCUGACCUUAACCCUAACCCUAACCCUGACCCUAACCCUAACUCUGACCCUAACCCUGACCUUGACAGCUACAGCUACCAAACCUUUGGAGCUAAAACAAAAGGGCAGCGUCUUUGAAUUGGUUUAUAUUGUAUUUAAAAAUGCAAUUUUCAUUUAAAUUUGUCUGAAGUUUUAGAAAAGAAGCUUCAGACUUACCCUCGGUAUUUUGAAGUAUGCACAGUUACAAUAUUGCGUGUUGAAUAUCGCAAUAUGUAUCGUAUAAAAGAUUAUCGGCACAUGUCUAAUAUAUAGAUAUAUUUAUAGUUCUAUAGUGAGACGUACGAGAUCUGACAAAAACGUUUCUUAACGACUUCAAAUUUCUGUGGACCAAAUGUUGUAAUGAGAGAGAAGUGUGUGUGUGUGUGUGUGUGUGUGUGUGUGUGUGUGUGUGUGUGUGUGUGUGAGAUGCCCUUGUAACCACAGCUAAUUCUGUGGUCCUUGUCCUAAUUUUUUUAAUUAGUGGCUUUAUGACUGCAGUAUAAAGGGCCUGUGCUUUCUGUCACCUCAUUAACUAAACAAACUUACUGGAUCGAGGAGCAACACAGCAGAAGGAAAGUCUAAAAGAUGGUUAAAAAGCUUUCAGUCAUUCUUUAAGAGCUCUGGUUCUGAGUUUAUGGUGUGCUGUUGAUCGUUUCAAGUGAUCGGACUUGAGUAACGGAACCAGGCGGAAAUGACAUUCCACAUUUCACGCUUUUAUUGUGUUUGUGUGUUUUCUUCAUAUGGCGAGCUGUUUGACAGCUAAAUAGAGCAGAGCUUCAAGUGAAACUCAAGGACUCAGAAAGCUUGAAGACAUCUGGUUAAUCUCGCCGUGUACAGACGCACUCGAGUUACCUCAUCUUCUCCCCAGUCGGAGUGCACAGGUCAUUAACUUAUUACUGUACAUAUGCAUCAUGUUAAGAAACAGCAAUAAAAUAAUUAUUCAGA